AUGAUGAAUUUGACGAUGACGAUGACGGUGACGACGACCAUGCUGAUGAUGAUGAUGAUGAUGAUGAUGAUGAUGAUGAUGAUGAUGAUGAUGAUGAUGAUGAUGUUGAUUGUCAUGAUGAUGAUGAUGAUGAUGAUUGUCAUGAUGAUGAUGAUGAUUGUCAUGAUGAUGAUGAUGAUGAUGAUGAUGAUGAUGAUGAUGAUGAUGUUGAUUGUCAUGAUGAUGAUGAUGAUGAUGAUUGUCAUGAUGAUGAUGAUGAUUGUCAUGAUGAUGAUGAUGAUGAUGAUGAUGAUGAUGACAUUGUGGCUGCUUCGGCUGGUGAUGGCGUUGUUGGUGGCUCAAGUGUGGCAGGUGAUGGAGGCAAGGCGAGCGCACAUUGAGCAGAUGGAAGCUGUCUUCAAAGACAAGAAAGGUUUCGACGUCGAAGAAGCCGCCGACAUAGCGCUGGCAAAGGGAUCACACUUGGUGAGAGAGAUCGAGAGAAAGGGAUUGUGA